AAAGGUUCAGUUGGUUUUCAAUAUCCGAUUCGAACGAAGUUUUUUUUAGGGGUUGAUCCAAACUACUGCGUCAAAGGUGUUACGAUUGACCUUUACCCCAAAAGCCCUUUACCUACGAUCGUUUUGUAGUAAUAACACCACAAGUACCAUGCCCGAGCAACAUUACAACAGUGGUCCCAGUUGGUUCCAGCAAUUUUCGGAUUAUAUGCGAAAGGACACCAAGGGAGUGGAGAUCAUUAGCUACUCGCUGUCGGGAGUUCUUUUCGUGAUCGCUUACAGAAAAAUCCGUCCGUUCACACGCUUUGGACAGGCAUCCGACAUACCGCUGCACUUUAUUCGAAACCAAGUCCGCCAGUACGGUUGUGUCAAGAAAAUUGAACCAUCGUUGCAGUACGGCCCAUUGCUUAUCGUACGGCAUAGGCCCCCGGCGAAUAUAUUGUUCUGGUCAGAUAAGACCAUACCGAUUAGGGUGAACGGUAUCGAAAUCAAUGCCAACGGAUACUCCUGGCUAGAGUCAGUGGUGUCGGGCAAAGAAAUAUGCUUCCUACCGAUGGUGGCACGACCCGGGACCACAAAACACGCCGAUUGCCGUGUGUUGCUGACCGACUCGAACAAAACGAUCGAUAUUGGGGAGGCUCUACUAAGUUUGGGUUUCGCCAAACUGACCGUCGCCGUCCCGAAACCCGUGAAAAGCCGCAAGGACGAGUACGAAGUGCGACUUCGCCAGUACUACCGCUCGCUGGCACAGUCCGAACGCUAUGCCCAGGAUCGACGCAUCGGUUUAUGGCAGCAUACACUUCCGCCGCGUAUCUGGCCCCUUUCUCUGUGGCCAACGAUGCUGGACCGAAUCCUGCUUUCAAAGCGUCUGCCGCCACUUGUACAAUAGGUACACCGGCCGGCCAGUGCCGAUUGGCGGCAAUCUAGCAGACACGUUAGACUGGCCUAGACAAGGUAAUAUCUGACGCGGAACUCAACUUUCGAUAAAAAUAUAUGCGAGUAUAAUAUUAUGUUGAAGAUUGUUAAU